AUGCAUGGCUGUGACCAUCCAAAGUGGCAUCAAACAGUGGAUCCACCUCUGCCAGAACUUUUCCCUUAUCCACUUGAGGAUGAUGCACACGACUCGGAUGUUAAUGAGGAUGAAAAAGAAAGCAAAAUCGAGGAAGAAGCAAUAGAUGAAGAGCUAACCACCAAACAACCUAAUAAAGGACAUAAAAAGCAUGGUGAGAAAGCAAGCAAUGCGAAAGAUGCUACUCCAACUCAAAUUUCCAUGCCACGACCUUCUCCAUCCUUUCCACAAAGAUUGAAAAAGAAGGCUGAAGAUGGAAAGUUUCUUAAGUUUAUUUCCAUGUUGAAAAAACUUUCUAUGAAUCUUCCUUUGAUAGAGGAACGAGAACAAAUACUGGGAUAUACCAAGUUCAUGAAGCAUCUUGUCACAAAGAAGAGAAUGGUAACCUUUAAACUAGCCUACAACUUGCAUCAUAAAGAAGACCCAAGCAUAUUCACUAUACCAUGUACCAUAGGGAUGUUCAACUUUGCAAAACCAUUGUGUGACUUGGGUGCUAGCAUUAACUUGAUGCCUCUAGCAGUGUUUCCAUAA